UGCAAUGGGUUUCCAAAUUCUUUUGUUUGUCCUGUUAACAGUUUGUGUUGUUCAUUCUUAUUAUCAAGCCAAGCCUUCACGAUGCUUAUUUCCGUGCGAAUUUAGAGAAAACAUACCACUCCUGGGAAAGCAGUCUACUAUAUGGAUUCUCAAUAAUCCAUCCUUUGGUACAUAUACCAACUUAUCACGGCCAAUAGGAGAUCAGACAUCAAUAUCUGAAUGUAUUAUGAGACAGGGGCCUUUCUUUAUAAUCAGCGAUUUUGGACUAUAUUUUUGCUUCAAGUUUAUUGCCCUAACUGCUACCGACUGGUUCGAAUACUUCAGCGUGGGAAGCGAGACUCUGUUACCUUUCUGUGAGAUGUGUGAUGCUUCAAAAUUUUCAGGACCUGUUUAUUUUUCAGCCAGACUCAGUGCUGGAGAUUACUAUUUCAGGAGCAGAUAUCAUGCUAACUGUUUGUUAAAACUGUACGACAAGGCCAUUAGACAGAAUUCGAGACACAGAAAGAAAGUCAAGAACCUGGAAUGGGGCUUGCCAAAAUGA